CCGGAAGGCGCAUGCGCAGUGGGAGGAUUCCGCUCAAAAAACGCACUCAAAAUUGCUUCUAAGGCAAACGCUAAGUACGGAAUCUCAUAGUUGUAGGGGCUAGUGUACAAGAAACACAAUUUUGACGCCUAAUUCCAUUAUGACGCAGUUGAAAUUAGCUUCUGCCCACGGCCCCCCCUUUGACGCUUACGUUCUGACGUAAGCGCACGGCCGCUCUGCGCCGGGCAAAUGCCUCCGCCCGCCUCAAUCUCUAAGAGCAUGCGCAGACUCCACUACGUCAAGAUGGCGUCCUCUGUAUUGAAUACGCUUCUCAGGCGGUGUCUUACCCUUUCGCCCUUCAGAGGUAUCUACGGAGUUCAGGUUCCCCUCCAGACGUUUUGCACCAAAGCCCCUCCUGGGAAAGAUUCUUUGCCCCCAGCUCCUAUUUCCCCUUAUGAGAAUGAGCCCUGGAGAUACCUGGAGUCAGAAGAAUACCGGAGCCGCUACGGUUCCCACCCUGUCUGGGCUGACUACCGCCGCAACCACAAGGGCGGCGUACCCCCUCAGCGGACCCGGAGGACGUGCAUCCGUAAAAGCAAAGUUGCUGGGAACCCUUGUCCCAUCUGCCGGGAUCACAAGUUGCAUGUGGACUUUAGGAAUGUAAAGCUCUUGGAACAGUUCGUCUGCGCCCAUACUGGCAUCAUCUUCCACGCUCCGUACACAGGGGUCUGUAUGAAGCAGCACAAGAAGUUGACUCAGGCCAUCCAGAAAGCCAGGGAUCACGGGCUCCUCAGUUACCACAUUCCUCAGGUGGAACCCCGGGACCCAGACUUCAGUACGUCACAUGGUGCUGUGAGUGCUACUCCGCCGGCCCCUACCCUGCUUGCCGGCGACCCUUGGUACCCCUGGUACAGCUGGAAGCAGCCACCAGAAAGAGAGCUGUCCCGACUUCGCCGCCUCUAUCAGGGCGGUCUCCGAGAGGAGAGUGGGCCACCCCCUGCGUCCCUGCCCGAGGAGCCCUGUGUCCCCAGCUGAAGCCACCUCUACUGAGCAGAGCCCUCCCAGGGCUCUGUAGGACUCAGACAAUCACCCAGCAGGGAGUCUGAAGGUCAGGUGGAGCCUGGGGCGUGGUGCCCUGAGAAGCUGGCAGGCCCAGAAGGAAGCCAUGUUGAAGGGUUAACUGUGUCUGGGGCGGAGGGAGGGCUCUGCCGACUGUUUCUCCACAAUAAAGGUAUAUCUCCAUCUCUGGCUGGCUU